AUGGACGAAGAGAAAUUGUCGAUGCAGGCGGAUCAGCGCCCUGUUGAGCCCUCCUUUGCAGAGCUGGGGACCACAGAAGCCCUUGGAAAUAGUGGCCCGAAAACGUCGUGGCAGAAGUUCGCGGACUGGAUGGAGACUCGUGCCAGCGUGGAAGCCCGCGGUAUCGAACGCGUGCCGGAGUCGAGUCGCCAAAGCAAGGUUUCGAUGAAGCAUUUCUUCCAAAUUGGCAUCGUCUGGUUCUCGGCGAACUGCACUGCCAACAACAUGACCGUCGGAGUGCUCGGUCCAAUCGAGUUCGACCUCGGCAUGAAGGACGCCAUGCUUAUCUGCACAUUCGGAAACAUAUUCGGCGCCAUGUGCACGGCAUACAUUGGUACAUUCGGGCCCAUGUCUGGUAAUAGGACUCUGGUAAACGCACGCUACACGAUGGGAUGGUAUCCAUCUCGACUUGCCGCUCUCUUCAACGUCGUCGUGCAAAUCGGGUGGGGUCUGGUUGAUUGUCUAGUCGCUGGCUUGAUCCUAUCCGCUGUCAAUGGUGGAGGCAUGACCGUCAUUGUCGGAGUCAUCGUUGCAGCAUUGGGAACCUGGCUCAUCAUCACGUUCGGCAUCAAGUGGUUCCAUAUCUAUGAGAGAUAUGCCUGGCUUCCCCAAGUCUGCGUCCUAUUCAUCAUGGUAGGCACAGCCGGCCCGCUCUUCGAUACCAGCUCGGCCAGCUCAGGCGAGGGCUCCGUCCUUGCUGGCCACCGGUUGACUUACUUCUUCCUCAGCGCCUCCGGCGCCCUGGGCUGGUCCGCCUGUGCGUGCGACUUCUUCGUCUACUUCCCUCCAAAGACCUCACGCUGGCAAAUUUUUCUGUGGACCACCGUCGGUCUCAGUCUGGGCAAGAUGUUCCCUGAACUCAUCGGCAUUGGUCUAGGGAGCGGUCUUACAAAGAACCCGGCAUGGAAAGCCGCCUUCGCUGACUCCGCGGGGGCCCUGUACGUCGAAGGCCUUGCACCGUUGAGCCAAUUCGGCAAAUUUUGCGCGGUCCUCCUGGCUCUGGGUAUUGUCGCCAACAACGUCGCUGGAAUCUAUGCUGCCGCAUUGUCCUUCCAGCUGCUUGACCCGCGAUUCGCCCGCGUCCCCCGUGUAUUCUGGUGUACCAUCUCCACCAUCAUCUUCACCGUGACCGCGAUCGCGGGUCGCGCCCACUUGCUCCAGAUCUUCAUCAACUUCCUCUCGCUGAUCGGGUACUGGACCAUCAUUUGGAUCACCAUGACUCUGGAGGAGGAGUUUAUUUUCCGCAGGAAGCGCGGUUGGUACGAUUGGAGCGCGUGGAACACUCGCGAACUUCUUCCCGUUGGACUCGCGGCCAUUACGACCUUCGUGAUCGGAUGGGUCGGGGCCGUCAUGUGCAUGGACCAAGACUACUACACAGGCCCGAUCGCUGCCUUGAUCGGGGACGGUGCGGAUAUUGGCCUGCCUGUCGCCGCGUCUUGGACAGCUGUCAUUUAUCCUGGGUUGAGGUAUCUGGAGUUGAAGUAUAUCGGACGGUAG